CGCGUUCCGAGACUAACAGCCCGCGUUCUCAAAUGAGCAGCCUCAACUCGAGUUCCUCAAUAAACGUCACUGAUCAAAACAUAUCGCUGUCCCAGCACCAACAAAAUUUAGAGACUUUAAACCGAAUGGGGAUGUUCUUCCAUGCUCAGCAGAUGCAGUUGAAUCAGAGUUUUGACGCCGUCAAAAGUCGUCUAGGACUGACACAAGUGCCGGCGGGGGUGAGUCAAGGGCCCCGCCAUACGAUAGAUGCAAUCUUAGGCCUUAACGGAGGAAGGAGAAGUAAUUACGAGAGGAGAGAGGACCGGGAGUGCGAGCCUGUACCGGUUUCGCCUGGAGCCGUCGAAAGUGCCGGCGAAGGUUCCUGCAACAGCAACGAUGGCUUCCAGCCGACUGCCGAAGACAAGUCCGCAGGCAGCGACGAGGAGCCGCCGGCGGGAUCGGCCGCUGACAAGAAAAAGCACCGCAGGAACAGGACGACCUUCACCACGUACCAGCUGCACGAGCUGGAGCGGGCCUUCGAGAAGAGCCAUUAUCCCGACGUUUACUCGAGAGAGGAGCUGGCGAUGAAAGUUAAUUUGCCUGAAGUAAGGGUGCAGGUGUGGUUCCAGAACAGGCGCGCGAAGUGGCGCCGCCAGGAGAAGAUGGAGGCGGCAAGGCUAGGUCUUUCCGACUACGGGUGCGGGGCUGGAGGAGGCAUACCGCGGUUAGGCGGUCUCGGGUUGCCGGUGGAUCCCUGGCUCGCCCCACCACUGCUCACGGCACUGCCAGGCUUCCUCAGCCACCCGCCCUCGGGCUACCCCUCGUACCUGACGCCGCCCGCGCCGGCGCCCGCGCCGCCCGCGCCGCCCGACCCGCGCGCCUCGUCCAUCGCGGCGCUGCGCUUGAAGGCCAAGGAGCACGUGGAGAGCCUGUCCAAGGGCCUGCAGAUGGUCUAAUCGCGCCGAGGCCAGCCGCACGUAGUCUCUGCGUCGGCUCGUCCGCGAUGAAAAAGCAGCUUUAAACCUGGACUGUCGUUUGGCAACCACCUAGCGCAGUUUCCUUAACUUGUUCUUUACGGAUUUUUUAAUAUUAUUACUUUUUAAUUUUCCACUUAAUUUUUGAUCUUGAAAACACUGACCUAGGUCGUUCUUACGCGAAUGGACAAAAGUGAUAGUUUUUCCUGUACUCUAUUUUCAGUACUGGCACGUGGUAGUCUCGUCAUCUCCUGUAAAGAAACUAUAUACUGUAAUCUAUUGCAGUGAAAUGCAGUGGCAGAUUUGCAGUCUUGGGCGCCCUAGGCUCCAGGUCAUGUGGUACUUUGAGUUAUUUCUUGUUAUCAUCAGUGCAUUUUUUUUGUCACGGUUGGCCGCCCUUAAAAUC